GGAGGGAACAGGAGCGAACGGACCGGCAGGCCUAGCACCUAGGCGGCGGCGGCGGCGGCGGCGGCGGCGGCGGCGUGAGAAUGGAGUCCCUGCGGGUCCUGGAGCUGUACAGCGGCAUAGGCGGGAUGCACCACGCGCUCAGAGAAAGCUGUAUACCUGCACAAGUGGUAGCUGCCAUUGAUGUCAACACUGUUGCUAAUGAAGUAUACAAGUUUAAUUUUCCUCACACACAGUUACUGACCAAGACAAUUGAAGGCAUUACGCUAGAAGAGUUUGACAGAUUAUCUUUCGAUAUGAUUUUAAUGAGCCCUCCAUGCCAGCCAUUCACGAGAAUUGGCCUACAGGGUGAUGUGACUGAUCCAAGAACAAAUAGCUUCUUAUAUAUUCUAGAUGUCCUUCCAAGAUUACAAAAAUUACCAAAGUAUAUUCUUUUAGAAAAUGUUAAAGGUUUCGAAGUGUCUUCUACAAGAGACCUAUUGAUACAAACAAUAGAAAAUUGUGGCUUUCAGUACCAAGAGUUUCUUUUAUCUCCAAUCUCUCUUGGCAUUCCAAAUUCAAGGCUACGGUAUUUCCUUAUUGCGAAACUUCAGUUAGAGCCAUUUCCUUUUCAAGCCCCUGGCCAGGUUCUGAUGGAGUUCCCCAAAAUUGAGAGUGAAUACCCACAAAAAUAUGCAGUAGAUGCAGAAAAUAAAAUUGAGGAAAAGAAGACUGAACCAAAUAUUUGCUUUGAUAGCAGCACAGAGUGUUCUGGAAAAGAUGCCAUUCUUUUUAAACGUGAAACUGCAGAAGAAAUUGCAAGGAAAGAUCAACAGGACAGUGAUCUCUCCGUGCAAAUGCUGAAAGGUUUUCUUGAAGAUGACAUUGACCUGAAUCAAUACUCUUUACCACCAAAGUCAUUGCUGCGAUAUGCUCUUUUAUUAGACAUUGUUAAGCCCACCUGCAGGAGGUCCAUAUGCUUUACCAAAGGCUACGGAAGCUACAUAGAAGGGACAGGAUCUGUGUUACAGACUGCAGAGGAUGUGCAGAUUGAGAACAUCUACAAAUCUCUUAACAAUUUGUCACAAGAAGAAAAGAUAACAAAGUUGUUAAUGCUUAAACUGCGAUAUUUCACUCCUAAAGAAAUAGCAAAUCUCCUGGGAUUUCCUCCAGAGUUUGGAUUUCCUGAGAAGAUAACGGUGAAACAGAGUUAUCGCCUACUUGGAAACAGUCUCAAUGUGCAUGUAGUAGCUAAACUCAUCAAAAUCUUGUAUGAAUAAUUUUGAAAUAACUCUGAAAGAUGGUUACAAUAUUCCUUCAUUUCCAGAUAGUAAUUCUGAAAUUCUAUUUUGAACUGAUUCUGAUGAAAUUCAACUAAAUUAUUUUAAUCUGUCUUUAAUUAGAAAUAUGGAACUUAUCACACAAAUGUCAACUUGUUUCCUUAAAUUUAUGUUACUGUGUUUUAUAAAAUAUAAAUUAUUGUUAUGCUUUAUGAAGAAUAUAUUUUCAUAUGAACUGGUAUAUAUAUGUAAAAUAUCGUCUUUAUAAUAUGGUGUAAAUAAGCUUAGGAACAUUAGAAUUUUAAUGUCUGCAUGAAUAUUUUAUGAAGUGUCUAACAGGCAUAACAAUGAACCUGAGAAAUUGUAUAUUUUUGUAUGUUAAUUAAAGAAGUUGUUUUAUAAUUA